CUCCGCCUGUGCAACACACACUUUACACACGCACGGGGACUGCAAGCGGGCAGCAUCGAUCGUGGCUCCUUUAAGACAAACUCAGACAGACAUUUUUUUUAACCCUCCUCCUCUAAUCUCCCUCCAGUGCAGCAGUUGCAAAGACGGAGAGAGAGAGAGAGAGAGAAAGAGAGAGCGAGCGAGAGAAGAGAGAAACUGAUUAGGAAUUAGGACUGAUUCAAGGGAAGCGAACGCUAGGGCUUUGUGCAUUUGAAUAUUAACAUUUGAGGUGUUCUGACCAGAAGAAGACAGAGCGGAUGAUCAUUCAUUCACCACGUUGACAACCUCGCCUGUGAUUGACAGCCGGAGUGGCAGAAAGCCAUGAGAUUUGGUAGUUGGGUCUGAGGGGCGCUCUUUUUUUUUUUUUUAAACUGAUUUUUUGGGGAGAGAAGAUCUGCUUUUUUUUUUUUUUCCUUGCCCCUGCUGCUGUCUUGGAAACGGAGCGCUUUUAUGCUCAGUGACUCGGGCGCUUUGCUUCAGGUCCCGUAGACCGAAGAUCUGGGACCAGUAGCUCACGUUGCUGGAGACGUUAAGGGAUUUUUCGUCGUGCUUUUUCUUUUUUUUUUUUUCCGGGGGAGUUUACGUAUUUGUUUCUUUUCACACUGGCCUUAAAGAGGAUAUAUUAGAAGUUGAAGUAGGAAGGGAGCCAGGGAGGCCGAUGGCGCAAAGGUACGACGAUCUGCCCCAUUACGGGGGCAUGGAUGGAGUAGGCAUUCCCUCCACGAUGUAUGGGGACCCGCAUGCAGCCAGGUCCAUGCAGCCCGUCCACCACCUGAACCACGGGCCUCCUCUGCACUCGCAUCAGUAUCCGCACACAGCCCACACCAACGCCAUGGCUCCCAGCAUGGGUUCCUCGGUCAAUGACGCUUUAAAGAGAGAUAAAGAUGCCAUUUAUGGACACCCCCUCUUCCCUCUCUUAGCACUGAUUUUUGAGAAAUGUGAAUUAGCUACUUGUACCCCCCGCGAGCCGGGGGUGGCGGGCGGGGACGUCUGCUCGUCAGAGUCAUUCAAUGAAGAUAUAGCCGUGUUCGCCAAACAGAUUCGCGCAGAAAAACCUCUCUUUUCUUCUAAUCCAGAACUGGAUAACUUGAUGAUUCAAGCCAUACAAGUAUUAAGGUUUCAUCUGUUGGAAUUAGAGAAGGUACACGAAUUAUGUGACAAUUUCUGCCACCGGUAUAUUAGCUGUUUGAAAGGGAAAAUGCCUAUCGAUUUGGUGAUAGACGAUAGAGAAGGAGGAUCAAAAUCAGACAGUGAAGAUAUAACAAGAUCAGCAAAUCUAACCGACCAGCCCUCUUGGAACAGAGAUCAUGAUGACACGGCAUCUACCCGCUCAGGAGGAACCCCAGGCCCUUCCAGCGGGGGCCACACGUCACACAGUGGGGAUAACAGCAGUGAGCAAGGUGAUGGCUUGGACAACAGUGUAGCUUCCCCCAGCACAGGUGACGAUGAUGAUCCAGAUAAGGACAAAAAGCGUCACAAAAAGCGUGGCAUCUUUCCCAAAGUAGCCACAAAUAUCAUGAGGGCGUGGCUGUUCCAGCAUCUAACACACCCUUACCCUUCUGAAGAACAGAAAAAGCAGUUGGCACAGGACACGGGACUCACCAUCCUUCAAGUGAACAAUUGGUUUAUUAAUGCCCGGAGAAGAAUAGUGCAGCCCAUGAUAGACCAGUCCAACCGAGCAGGCAAGUCCCCCAUAGUGACUGUAUUCAAGUCACGCAAGCGAAAAGCAUCCUCAAGCCAUUCACCGGGAGGUCCCAUACCUGUAAGUCAAGGAACACCUUAUAACCCCGAUGGACAGCCAAUGGGAGGUUUUGUUAUGGAUGGUCAGCAACACAUGGGAAUCAGGGCACCAGGGCUGCAAAGUAUGCCAGGGGAGUAUGUAGCCCGGGGUGGUCCAAUGGGUGUGAGUAUGGGACAGCCAAGUUAUACCCAACCCCAGAUGCCCCCCCAUCCUGCUCAGCUGCGUCAUGGGCCCCCCAUGCAUACGUACAUUCCUGGACACCCUCACCACCCAACAGUGAUGAUGCAUGGAGGACCGCCCCACCCUGGAAUGCCAAUGUCAGCAUCAAGCCCCACGGUUCUUAAUACAGGAGACCCAACAAUGAGUGGACAAGUCAUGGACAUUCAUGCUCAGUAGCUUAAGGGAAUAUGCAUUGUCUGCAAUGGUGACUGAUUUCAAAUCAUGUUUUUUCUGCAAUGACUGUGGAGUUCCAUUCUUGGCAUCUACUUUGGACCAAGGAGCAUCCCUAAUUCUUCAUAGGGACUCUUAAAAAAGCAGGAAAUACCAACCGAAGUCAAUCUGGGGGACAUGCUAAAUAACUAUAUAAGACAUUAAGAGAACAAAGAGUGAACUAUUGUAAAUGCUAUUAUACUGUUAUCCAUAUUACGUUGUUUCUUAUAGAUUUUUUAAAAAAAAUGUGAAAUUUUUCCACACUAUGUGUGUUGUUUCCAUAGCUCUUCACUUCCUCCAGAAGCCUCCUUACAUUAAAAAGCCUUACAGUUAUCCUGCAAGGGACAGGAAGGUCUGACUUGCAGGAUUUUUAGAGCAUUAAAAUAACUAUCAGGCAGAAGAAUCUUUCUUCUCGCCUAGGAUUUCAGCCAUGCGCGCUCUCUCUCUUUCUCUCUCUUUCUCUCUCUCUCCCUCUCUCUAGCCUGGGGCUUGAAUUUGCAUGUCUAAUUCAUUUACUCACCAUAUUUGAAUUGGCCUGAACAGAUGUAAAUCGGGAAGGAUGGGAAAAACUGCAGUCAUCAACAAUGAUUAAUCAGCUGUUGCAGGCAGUGUCUUAAGGAGACUGGUAGGAGGAGGCAUGGAAACCAAAAGGCCGUGUGUUUAGAAGCCUAAUUGUCACAUCAAGCAUCAUUGUCCCCAUGCAACAACCACCACCUUAUACAUCACUUCCUGUUUCAUGCAGCUCAAAAACAUAGACUGAAGAUUUAUUUUUAAUAUGUUGACUUUAUUUCUGAGCAAAGCAUCGGUCAUGUGUGUAUUUUUCCAUAGUCCCACCUUGGAGCAUUUAUGUAGACAUUGUAAAUAAAUUUUGUGCAAAAAGGACUGGAAAAAUGAACUGUAUUAUUGCAAAUUUUUUUUUUUUUUUUGUAAAAGUAGCAGUUUGGUAUGAGUUGGCAUGCAUACAAGAUUUACUAAGUGGGAUAAGCUAAUUAUACUUUUUGUUGUGGAUAAACAAAUGCUUGUUGAUAGCCUUUUUCUAUCAAGAAACCAAGGAGCUAAUUAUUAAUAACAAUCAUUGCACACUGAGUCUUAGCGUUUCUGACGGAAACAGUUUGGAUUGUAUAAUAACGCCAAGCCCAGUUGUAGUCGUUUGAGUGCAGUAAUGAAAUCUGAAUCUAAAAUAAAAACAAGAUUAUUUUUGUCA